AGAAAGAGCAAAAAACCCUAAAACAUUUGACAGAGAAUAUAUAAAACGUAACCAAGCGUCAUUUCUUCCUCUUCCCUCUUGAUCUCUCCUCUGCCGCACAGAUCCAGGACAGGACAGUUGUUUCUCAAUCUCUUCCAAAAUGGUGACUGCCAAGAAGACGAAGAAGUCUCACGAGGGAAUCAACAGUAGGUUGGCUCUUGUGAUGAAGAGUGGUAAAUACACUCUUGGUUACAAGUCCGUCCUCAAGUCUCUCCGUGGCUCCAAAGGGAAGCUUAUUCUCAUCUCUUCUAACUGCCCACCGUUGAGGAGAUCGGAGAUUGAGUACUACGCAAUGCUUGCGAAAGUUGGUGUUCACCACUACAAUGGAAACAAUGUUGAUUUGGGUACAGCUUGUGGAAAGUACUUCCGCGUUUCUUGUCUGAGCAUCGUUGAUCCUGGUGAUUCUGACAUUAUCAAGAGCAUUCCUGGUGAUCAGUGAUAAACCAUUAUCGAUUUUGUUUUUCCCCUACUUCUAUGGAUAUUCUCAAAAUUUUAUUAGCAAACAAUCUUGUGUUUGGUGUUUUGUUAUUUUACAUUAUGAACCCGAUAGGAAAAUAUAAAUGUUUUUCUUUGACA